CCACUUAUUCAGUCAUUACAAUCAGCACAAUCAUCGCGAGCGUACGUAAGUAAUGUCGCUUGAACGAGUAUAGUCGUAAUAUAAAUAAAUAACGGGACCACAACAGUGCCAUGGAAAUAAAUAAUAAAAAUAUCCUCGUUACUUUUAAUUAUUUGCUGUAUUUUUUUCUAUUAAUCUGCAGUAUUAAUUUCACUGAUGCCAGAAAUAUUUUGCCAAGUGACCCCAGUGAGGAAAGUUCGCGAGUUAAACGUGACAUAUUUACUAUUUUCUGUGCCGCAGAACCCGCAGAUCAAUUGACAGACGACGGCGUUAAAUUUCAUUUGUUUACAAAGAAAAAUUUAAAUUCUUCAGAACAAAUUUUGCUGAACGAUACUCACAAUAAUUUGAAAGACACAAAUUUUGACUCAUUGAAUCCAACUAAAAUAAUUGUACACGGCUACAAUGCAGACAUGAAUCUGUACCCGCUUGUCGACAUGAGAGUGAAUUAUCUUAACAAGAGUGAUGUCAAUUACAAUGUGAUAGCCGUUGAUUGGGAAAGACUCGCCGCGGGCUGUUAUCCGGUCGUAGUCGAACAUGCGAAACGAGUCGGCGACCGAUUGGCGCAACUGAUACAUGAAUUAGUUCUCUAUGGCGCUAAAGAUAUCCACGCAAUUGGGUUCAGUUUGGGAGCCCACAUUCCAGCCUUUGCUGCUAAUUCAUUGAGGCCGUACAAAUUACCGCGAAUUACUGGCCUGGACCCCGCAAUGCCGCUUUUUGUGAUGGUCGGGUUAGACGGGAAAUUGGACGCCGGCGACGCUGAAUUCGUUGAUGUUUAUCACGCUGACGCUUUGAUCCAAGGCAAGAUUGAGAGAUGUGGGCAUGUUGAUUUUUAUAUGAAUGGAGGCAUGAACCAGCCCGGAUGCGCGAAAGCUGAGAGCUAUCACAAUUGCAAUCAUCUAAGAGCUGCCAUUUAUUUCGCGGAAUCUAUUAGUUCUAAUGUUGGAUUCUGGGGAUGGCCUUGCUCUAGUUUUAGUGCUUACUUUUUUGGUUACUGCACUCCAGUAUUUCCAUUGACACUUGCUGGUGAUGGUGUUAAUAAAAGUACCAGGGGUUUGUUUGUUGUGAGGACUAAUUCUGAAAGUCCGUUUGCUAAAUUUGAUAUAAUAUAAUAUUUUUUUUUGUUAAUGGGCGAAAAUGUAUUUUAAUUAUUUUUGUGUAAAUAUUUUUAUUUAUUGAGAUUUAAAAUGUGUGAUAAAUUUUUGUAAACAUUGCGAAAAUA